AUGGAGGGUUUAUUCUUCAACGUCAACAGCGGCUACAUUGAGGGCAUCGUUCGUGGAUACAGGAACGGCCUUCUUACCGGCUCCAACUAUGCCAACCUGACGCAGUGCGAAACCAUCGAUGAUCUCAAGUUGCAACUCGGACCUGCGUACGGCGACUUCCUCGGCAACCUCCCUCCCAACCCCUCAACAUCAGCUCUCGCCGCGAAGACGACCGACAAACUUGUCUCCGAAUUCCGCUAUGUUCGCGCCAAUGCUGUCGGCUCGCUUGCCCAGUUCAUGGACUACCUCACCUACGGUUACAUGAUCGACAAUGUUGCCCUGCUGAUUACCGGCACCCUUCACGAACGAGACACCCGCGAGCUUCUCGAGAGAUGCCAUCCCCUCGGCUGGUUCGAGACGAUGCCAGUCCUGUGCGUCGCGACGAAUAUCGAGGAGCUUUACAACAGUGUUUUGAUUGAGACACCGCUUGCCGCCUACUUCAAGGGCAGUCUUAGCCACCAGGAUCUCGACGAGCUUAACAUCGAGAUUGUCCGAAACACGCUGUACAAGAACUACUUGGAGGACUUCCACAACUUUGUCAACACCCACCCUGACAUGGCAGGCUCGCCGACGGCUGAGGUGAUGUCAGAGAUCCUGGAGUUCGAGGCCGACCGCCGUGCGAUCAAUAUCACGCUCAACUCCUUCGGCACGGAGCUUAACAAGAAUGACCGCAAGAAGUUGUACCCCAGCUUUGGUAAGCUGUACCCGGAGGGAACCUUGAUGCUCUCUAGAGCGGAAGACUUUGAGGGCGUCCGUCUUGCGGUUGACGGAGUUGGCGACUACAAGAGCUUCUUCGAGGCAGCCGGUCUCGGCGGCGGCCCGUCUGGCCCGGGUAACCAGGGCGGCGGCUCAAGCUCCGACGGCAAGAGCCUUGAGGACAUGUUUUACCAAAAGGAGAUGGAGAUCUCCAAGAGCGCAUUCACUCAGCAAUUCACUUUCGCCAUCGUCUAUGCGUGGGUGAGACUCCGUGAGCAGGAAAUCCGCAACAUCACCUGGAUUGCCGAGUGCAUAGCCCAGAACCAGAAAGACCGGAUUGGCAACUACAUCAGCGUAUUCUGA